GAAGCCGUAGAGCGCUGCCGAGCGAGGUCCGGCGUCCUGAGGAGGUGUGCCGCAGGUCUUCCCAAAACCCCGAAGAUGGCAUAUGCCAGAGAUAAACUAUACAAUGGCUACGUGCGGCAAAAAAUGUCACUGAUUGUGAACACUGUGAAAGUGACCCAUGUGAUGCCGUACCUGCCUUGCUUGACUUCCCAUGACAGGGAAGAAAUCGAGGCAAAACGAGAAACCAGGGGGAAUUUCAAUGCAAUGCAGCUUCUUCUGGACUGUCUGCAAAGGAGGGAGACCUGGCCAGAGGAGUUCAUCAGGGCUCUUGAGGCGUGCGAGCAUGACACUCUGGCAGCUGAGAUCAGAGCCGAAUACAACGCUCUGAGAGGCCUGAGCAAUCCCAAUCCAUCCCCCCCUCCAUCCGAUGUUGUGAGGGUUCAUGUCCAUCCAGUACCCCCUGCCAGUCAACCUCUUCCUCCUCUAGAAAGUGCUGACAAUGAGCAGGCUGCGGCCUCUCCCCCACCAAUCGGGUCAGAGCAGGCUCUGUCCCCUCCAGAAGCCCCCGCGCAGGCAGAACCAACCCCAAGCCCCGCCCCCCAACCUGCUGAGGCUGUAUUCUCUUCAGAGCCCGACCUCACGACCCCACGAUUUUCCCCAGCUGUGGUGGUGCCACACCUUCCAACACCUCCCCCUUCCCCUGAAGCCCCCCACCAUCAGGCCACGGCAGCACCACCAUCUCACAGAGAAAUUCCUGGAGAUGGCGAAGUUUCAUCAGUUGGCUCUGACAUGAGCCCUGAGCCACUACCUGCUGUCGAUCAAUAUGAAACCGCUGCUUCUGUCCAAACAACAACAACCUGGGAGGACGGUGCAUCACAGAGUCCAGCUUCAGACUGGAUAGACCCGGCUGAGGCGACUCGGUCAUCUUCCACAUUUUUAACUCCAGAGAAGCUGCCAGUCCAGGACACCGCCCCACCACUGCACAACGUGGCCGCCGAUGCCCUGCGGCGUGAAGAAAAUUCAGAGUCUGUCAUCACCCAGGUCUCUGGAUACAGUCAGCAGCCAGAGGCCACAGGCUCCACAACCCCACUACUGGCUGGUAUUGACAGUCCAACACCCUCUCUCAGUCAUGAGGAUGAUGUGUGUCUUAGUAAGCCUGGGCUGCUCCUCAGUAUCCAACAAAAUAAUGCCACCCCUACCAUUUCUGUACCAGCAGAGGAACCCUACUCUGGUGACAGUGACCGCCUGGAAGUAAGCGACUCUCCGUCAGCGUCACUGCUCCACAAUGAGCCUGAGGAGAACUACUAUGAGUCAAACUGCCUGAGCUCACUGGGAAGGCAGGAGGUGCUGGUGAACGUAGUUCAUGUGGCAGAGGGGCCGUCCAUUCAGAACCAAACGGGCCAAUCGCCAAGCAUGCUGUGGGAUGCUGUACAUGCAUCAAACGGCCUUCCUGCUCAUAACCGUGACACCCAGAGCCAGACUGGGGUUGAAAGCGUGCCAUCUACAUCUCCACAGAAAACCGAGGAGGCCCCUGGAAAAGAAGCCCACCUACCUGAGGAACAACAGGCGCAAAUCCUCAAUGGUGAAGCUACCAGUGUGCUGACCAAAGAGCCUGCUUCUGUCCUACCCGAGAACUGUCACCCCGCUGAGUCUGGGGUAGUUGAGUUGGCACCAGACCAGGGCCAACAGAAUCCAAGGGAGGGGUUAUCCAGGUUCAUACUGUCACCUAAUACAAAGUACUUUCUGACAGCUGCUGGAGUGAGCACCUGUGCACUGUUGGUGGCAUGGAAGCUGAAGAAUUAAGGGGGGAUACAAGGCUCUUAAGGGAAGGGCACUUGUGUUUGAAGGCGUCUCAAAAAGAAUCUUAAGAGUAUGCUGCCUUAUUGAAGUCAAAGGACUGUGGAGGCUCAAAUAAGUUGUUCUCUGGGUUUAGAUAACUUAACAUUUGCUAGAAGACUUUGCCGAACUUUGAAUGCUUAAUCGGCGCUUUGUCUAUUGUUAGCUGAUUUUUUUUUCUCUCUGUUCAUUAGGGGCUGGCUAAACCCAUCCAUCCACAAAGACCAAAUACUGUAAUAGCCCAUUUGAUUUCAGUUCAUUUCAAGAACAUUUUCAGUUAUAAUCUCAGCUCUUAUGUACGUACUGCAAGUAUGAGGUUUGUUAACACACACAAAUACAGUGUACUGAUAGCUCUCUCUCUCUCUCUCCUGGGGUAGGCUCCAGCAUCCCUGUGACCCCGAGAGCAGGAUAAGUGGUUUCCGAUAAUGGAUGGAGAUAUAUAUUAUAUAUAUAGUGGGGUUUUUUUUUCGGAAACCGUCAAUGGUGUUGAUAAAAGUGCUCAACAAAGAGGAGCGGAAUAUUAAGAUAGAUGUUGUACUGCUAUGAAUUAAAGUUUUUUUCCUACACACAUAUACUAUACUAUAUAUAUAUAUAUAUAUAUAUAUAUAUGUACAAAAGUAUUGGGACACCUGGCCAUUACACCUACAGGAGCUUUUGUGACAUCCCAUUCUAAAUCCAUAGGCAUUAAUAUGGAGUCCCCCCCCCCCCCUUUGUUGCUAUAAUAGCUUACACUCUUCUGGGAAGGCUUUCCACAAGAUUUUGGAGUGUGUCUGUGGGAAUUUAUGCCCAUUCGUCCAGAUGAGCGUUUGUGAGGUCAGGCACUGAUGUUAGACGAGAAGACCUGGCUCACUAUCUCCGUUCUAGUUCAUCCCAAAGGUGUUCGAUGAGGUUGAGGUCAGGGCUCUGCGGGCCGGUCAAGUUCUUCCACACCAAACUCACCCAACUGUGUCUUUAAUGGACCUUGCUUUGUGCACAGGGGCACAGUCAUGGUGGAACAGAAAAGGGCCCUCCCCAAACUGUUCCCACAAAGUUGGAAGGAUAGAAUUGUCCAAAAUGUCUUGGUACGCUGAAGCAUUAAGAUUUCCCUUCCCUGGAACUAAGGGGCCUAGCCCAACCCCUGAAAAACAACCCCACACCAAUAUCCCUCCUCCACCAAACUUUAGAGUUGGCACAAUGCAGUCAGGCAGGUAACGUUCUCCUCUCAUCUGCCAAACCCAGACUCAUCUAUCAGACUGCCAGCCAGAGAAGUGUGAUUCGUCUCUCCACAGAACACAGUUCCACUGCUCCAGAGUCCAGUGGCAGCGUGCUUUACACCACUCCAUCCGACACUUGGCAUUGUGCUUGGUGAUGUAAGGCUUGCAUGCAGCUGCUCGGCCAUGGAAACACAUUCCAUGAAGCUCCCGGCACACAGUUUUUGGCUGAUGUGAAUGCCAGAGGAAGUUUGGAACUCUGCAGUUAUUGAGUCAGCAGAGCGUUUGCAACUUUUACGCACUAUGCACCUCAGCACUCGACCCUGCUGUGUGACUUUAUGUGGUCUGUGUUGCUGUUCCUUAACACUUCCACUUUUCAAUAAUACCACUUACAGUUGACCAUGGAAUAUCUAGCAGGGAAGAAAUGUCAUGAACUGACUUAUUGCAAAGGUGGCAUCCUAUGACAUUGCCACACUGGCAUUCACUGAGCUCUUCGGAACGACCCGUUCUUUCAGACAUGUUUGUAAAUGCAGACUGCGUGGCUAGCUGCUGGAUUUUAUUCACCUGUGGCAAUGGGUCUGAAUGAAACGUGAAUUCAAUGAUUAAGAGGUGUGUCCCAAUACUUUUGUCCAUAUGAUGCAUUUUAUAUAUAUAUAUAUAUAUAUAUAUAUAUAUAUAUAUAUAUAUAUAUAUAUACUUGUCUGAUAAGCAAUCUCUUGAUUAGGCCCUUGACCUAGUUGCACUCCAAUGCACCACAGAUAAGUGAAUCAAGGCCAUGAAUUUCAUUGAUGUGCACCCCAAAAGAAUACCUAUAUCAUGAUCCAUGGUUGUUCUCUUGCUGGGUAUAUAGUUUUGUAGUGUCCAAUGCACUUUCUGUAUUUAUUUGUAUAUAUUGAAUGGCCAUGCCCAUGCAUUUUAAUGCAUUUUAACAAAUAUUUGAAAGAGCUGCUUGGUAUGAAUCGUGACGUUUAAUCCACAUUUCCAACAGAAGUGGGUUUAUAGAAUGAAUGCUUAUUUUGAACAUUGUUCUGAAGCCACUCCAUCGCACAGUUAAACAGGUAUCCCAUUUCCUAUAUUGCGGAAAUAUCUGUGAUAACUGUUGAGCUUUCGUCUAAACCGUUACGGUUUGUGACCGUGAUUCUGUGUGCUGAUUGAAAACUCGACCAAAUAAAAU